AGGGGAGGGCGCCGGCUAUAGAUGCGCCGGGACUUCGCGAGCGAGGGCAGCCGGCGGGAGAAACGUGCCUGGGAGAGAGCACGCGCUCUCUCUCUCUCUCGCGCGCGCUCCUCCUUCCCUCACGCGCUCCCUCCCGGGGAGGGAGUAGCGGCUCGUGGACCUACGAGGCGAGGCGGGGAGCUCGCUCUCUCCCUCCCUCCCUAGGAAUCCCAAGCGGCGAAGGAGCGGCACCCGCAGUGCGAGGCUCCCCCUGGCUGUUUGGAGCGGGCUGAGCGAGCAGGGGCGGGCGAAGGGGGAAGCCCAGGGAGCUGCAAGGAGCCGCCGCCGCCGCCGCCACUUCAUCCUGCGGCACCAGGAGGCAGCGAGCGCGAGAGGAGAAGCAGCCCAUGUGCGCAGAUGGCAGUGUGGAAGCCAAAUACAAACAUUGGCAGAAGUUAUUUUCUCUCUCUCUGAGAAAAUGAAGAGAGUGUACACAUGACUAGGCUUGGGAACUUGAGAAACCACAGGAUCGGUGGGAUACUACACUGACAUUAGAAGUCUAGCAGCACAAACCUGGCUAUGGCUACUCAGAAUUCCUGGCAGGACACGCGGCUGUUUAAAGUUGGAAUUUGAGCUGUGUGGACAUUUUGACCCUGAUCCAGAGGUGAUUCGUGCGACUAGUGGCGAUUUGUGUGGACACUGUGGCUGGGAGAAGUACCCAGGGCCAGAUUCGUGUUUGAUGAGGCCCUAAGCUACUGAAGGAUAUCCUUCGUUUGUCCCCAUCAACACUAUGAUGAGCAAAGCUUUCGUUGCAUUCUGUGUUUGGCGAUGGGUGGGUCAACAGCUGCUCCUAGCAGAGGAAAGGUUUGACAGCUGGCUUUCUUCCAGUUUAAAACUCCCUCCCAACUACCUCUCCUACUACUCUGGGAACUACUCAGAUGACACCAUAAGUUGGCGGCCAGUGGAUCUCUCCAGAUUAACCACAAAAUACCAGCACGACCAAGCAGACAAGAGGAUUUGUACUUUUCUUACCCACACAAAAACCUGCAGCAUCGAGCGAGUCUUGUGGAAAACAGAGAGAUUCCAGAAAUGGCUAAAAACAAAACGCCUCACCCCUAACCUGGUCCAGGGUCUGAGUACACCGAUGCUUCGCUGCCCUUCACAACGGCUGCUGGACCGAAUAGUGCGGCGAUAUGCUGAAGUGGCAGAUGCUGGUAGUGUCUACAUGGACCAUUUCACCGACCGGGAUAAAUUGCGCCUCCUCUACACACUCUCAGUUAAUGCACAUCCCAUCAUGUUACAGAUUUUCCCUGGAGCAGAAGGGUGGCCAUUUCCAAAAUACUUGGGGUCCUGCGGCCGGCUGAUAGUCACUACCAGCACCAGACCUUUGAAGGAAUUCUAUGGCUCGUCUUCUGAUGUGGCAGCAGACCUAGCGCUUCAGCUCCUUGCUAUCAUCAAUUCCAUGAGGAACAAUGACCUGAACUAUUUAUUCUACUUUACCCAUGUCGAUGCUGGCACAUUUGGCGUUUUCAACAGUGGACAUCUGUUUAUCCGGGAUGCCAGCACACUGGGAGUCAUUGACAAGCAGGAAGGCAAGCAGUUGAUGGACGGACAAGAGGAACAUAAGGACAUAUUCAGCUGCCUGGUUACAGACUGCCAGUCUGAGCUUCCCUCCUGUAAUUCCAUCAAGGAUACACGAAGCCUCAUCAUGGUUUGUGAGGAACUUUUGCCUAAACUCUUAAAGGAAAAAUUUCUGCCUCCUGUCCAGGAGAAGAUUGACAGAGCUCUGAGCAGAUGUGCAGACAGCUUUCUAACUGACCAAGAAGUCAUCAGGGCAGCUCAAGUGCUGGAAGAGAUUUUGCAACCUCUGCAGACUUGUGAUCCUCGUUUUGCCUACCGCUACCCUGAUUGCAAAUACAGAGAUAAACCCUAAAAGGAAAGCUUGCUGCCAUCUACCUACCACUACUACCUUUGAAGUCAAAAGAAUAGAAUCACCCAGGAAACACUGAUUUUGCCACCAUUAGACAUUCACUUUGCAAGCAUUCCAUGAUGAAACUCAGUGGUCCUGUUGGGGUUGCUCUUCAAAGGUUCACAGCACCUCUAUGAGCUCCUUGUUAUUGACCACCACAUUCUAACGUCUCACAUUUACCUUGCUUUUACAAAUGCCUUCAGCAAGAUCAAUGCAAAUCUCACAAGCUUGUUGUUUAAGAGCAUGCUAACGGGUGCACUCCCGUUGUUUGGUCCCAGCGCCUGCCAACCUAGCAGUUCGAAAGCACCCCCGGGUGCAAGUAGAUAA